AUGGCUAGUGUACUGCUGCUGAUCGUCCUGAUUGGCUACGGCCUGCUCUUGGUCUAUCGCAAGCGCCAGCAGCUGAAACGAAUUGCUACACAUAUCGGCGGUCCAAAGCCACACUGGUUGGUUGGCAAUGUGCUGGAGUACCCGGCGCACGACAUACCAGGAAUCUUCGAGACGAUGGUGCUCUUCCACGAGCGCUACGGAAAGGACUUUUUCAACUGGGGCCUGCUGAACGAUCACAUGAUUACCGUAAGCAGCCCGGAGAACGUGGAGAAGGUGGUGAUGGCGAAGCAGACGCAGAAGUCCACCGUGUACGAGUUCAUCGAGCUGUGGCUCGGCCAGGGACUGCUUAUAUCGAAGGGUGAGAAGUGGUUCCAUCGGCGCAAGAUCAUCACACCGACGUUCCACUUCAAGAUCCUCGAGGGCUUUGCCAGUGUGUUUAACCGGGAGGCUGGCAUACUGAUCGAGAAGCUGCGUCCGCAUGCAGGAAGCGGCCAGGAGUUUGACAUCUACGAGCCGAUCUCGCUGUAUGCUCUCGAUAGCAUCUGCAUUACAUCCAUGGGUGUGGACAUCAAUGCGCAAAACGAUCCUACCAAUCAGUACGUGCGCGACGUGAAGCGCAUGAGCGAGUUGAUCCUGUUGCGUAUAUUCCACGUACUCGCCUCGUUUCCCCGCGUCUACUGGUACUUGAUGCCGAAUGCUUGGGAGCAGAGGAAGCUGAUAAGAAGGCUCCAUGCGUUCACCGAUUCCGUCAUACAGCGUCGUAGACAGCAGUUGAUGAGUGCCAAAAUGAACAGCGACAGUGACAACACUGCAGCCGAUGACGAUGAGGAGAGUAAUCUCUACUCGAAACGGAGGGAUACGUUUCUAGACCUGCUGCUGAACGUUACCGUCGAUGGUGAAUCUCUUAGUGAUUUGGAUAUUCGCGAGGAGGUCGACACCUUCAUGUUCGAGGGUCACGACACCACCACGUCCGGUAUCGCCUUUACCUUCUAUCAACUGGCCAAGCAUCCCGACAUUCAAGAGAAGCUCUACCAGGAAAUAGUGGACAUCCUAGGCGCGGACCACCGUACGGUCCCACUAACUUAUAGCACACUCCAGAACUUCCCCUACCUGGAUAUGGUCGUGAAGGAAUCGCUGAGACUGCUUCCACCUGUUUCGUUCAUCGGUCGUCGGCUGGUCGACGAUGUUGAGAUCAAUGGAAUCACGGUUCCGGCCGGCACAGAUAUUACCAUUCCUAUCUAUGUGAUUCAUCGCAACCCGGACGUCUAUCCGGAGCCGGAGCGAUUUGAUCCGGAGCGAUUCUCGGAGCAGAGCACCCAGCGCCGGGGACCGUACGACUACAUUCCGUUCAGCAUUGGCUCGCGGAACUGCAUUGGCCAGCGGUAUGCGUUGAUGGAGAUGAAGGUAACGAUUGUGCGAAUGAUUUCCCACUACCAAAUACUACCCGGAGACACGAUGCAUGAGGUACGGCUGAAGACGGACCUGGUGUUACGUCCCGACAAGGGCAUCCCGAUUAAACUCCUCGCGCGACAGCAGACUUAGAUAGUAAUGAAUGAUAGUCCGAAAAAUACAAAAUAAAUUCCUAAGAAGUCGUUGAACUAUGCCAAUAGAUGUUAAAAGGUUCUCGACCUUCUUAUGCUACUUAAAGUCUGAAAAGACUGCAUAAAAUUGCCUCAUUCUAUGUUCAGUCAUGUUUUGUUAGGCAGAUGAAUAUCCAUUGAUGCUGAGAUGAG